AUGAUCAAGACCAUAUCCACCAAAAUUAUUGAUUGGUUAUAUAUUGUAUUUAUUGAAAUAACAAUAAAUCCUGCUACAGAUAUCAAAUCAAUGCAAAUGGAGUUUAACAAAUUCAUAAAUUCAUUAAAAGAUGAUCAAAUUAUAAUGUUGAUAUUAACAAAUAAACCAAAUUUUAACAUUUUCAAUUUUUUACAAAUGAUAAUAUUAAAACCUUCAAAACGUAUUAUAUUAUCAUAUUUAAUUGAUUCAAUUGAAACAAAUAUAAAAAUUUUGAAAAAAUUAAUUACGAUUAUUGAUAAAGAAUUUAAAUUAAAUAAUUCAUUUAAUAUUUCAAAUGAACAAUUAGCUUAUUUAAUGUUAAAUAUUCCUGGAUUAAUUGAAAAUUUAACUCAUGAUGAUAAAGCAAAUAAUUCAAUUUUGGUGGAUUCAACAGAUAUGAGUGAAGAAAUUGAUAUAAGAUUUCGAGAUUUUAUUACAAAAUAUCCUACAAUUAAAUCAAUUUUUAAUUCAAAUGAAUUAGAUUCUUAA